AUGGCUGGACUAACCAACCAGCCCUUCCUCAAACCCAAGGUGCAUGUUGUGGUUGAUGCAUGGAGUCUGAUAGGGUUCACAAGGAGCUGGGCUGUAGAUACUGAUGGUGCAGGUGGUCAUCCUAGGAAAUAUCCCACUUGUCACAUUUCGAGUGUCAUUCACUACACACCUCAACGAACCGUUCUCACGUUGAUUUCGAGUGAUCCAAGCGUGGGCGCCUCGUGCCUUCCUCCCAAAUUCCUCGACCAUUCUUCGGCCUCAACGCACUUUUUAACCUGUAAUUACUUAUCACCGAUAGUGCCCACUGUCCAGAUGGCUGCUAAAUCGACUUCGUCGCCAAACUCUACGUUGGGCAGGGUAUUGGCUGUUCUUCGAAAGCGGAAGCCCAUCGAUGAAAACUCGAGCUGGACAAUCGCCACUGCUCUGUCAAAUUCAUUUCCCAUGUUGACGAUUGGGUCUCAACACUAUGCUGCUGCUGCUCAAAGACCGGUCAUAACGACUGCUGAUCCCUCCAGUGACGAUUCUUGUCGCCUUCGAGUGCAAGAGGGCGUCAAAACAGCGCUCACACUUGCGGCACCGAUUUUUGGGGCGAUUCCACUCGCUGGAUCGCCCUUGAAGGCAGCCGUUGAUGGCUUAUUAGAGAUUUUAAAAGCCGCUGAUGCCAAGAACACGUUCCGAUAUGCAAGUGUUGCGCAACGGAUCAAUGAAUGCUGCCGAGAUAUCGAUCACUACCUGAUGCGCUAUAACACGCUGGGUAUCAUGCGCGUUGAAAACGCUGCGCAGCGUAUUGAAGCUAAUUUAGAGAUGUUCCUUCCACUUGCAUCGACAUUGCAACUUCGGCGAAGCGCAAUAACAGGCAUUGUCCUGAUUGAUGCGACAGGGAAAAGGUAUGAAGUGUCUAUGGAUUGUGCAAAGUCUUAUGAGUUAUUUACCAAAACUAUUGCGCAUUUCUUUGAUGGGGAUAAGAUGGAAGCCCGAAUUCAGCGGCGCUACAUAGAACAGGACAGGUAUGACCUUUGCAUCGACCAUGGCAAUCAAAUCGUCCCGAUCAAUGGACAACCGGACUGGCCGAAAGUUGAAUCGGGCAUGCAACUGGUCAUGCGUGCUAUUCUCGUGCAGGAAAAAAAGAAUCAAACGCGGAGGUAUCAAUGCCCACGGUGUAAGACCUGGAAUAUUUUGGAUGAUGGUGGUGGGGAGCUCGACCGGGAUUUGCUUAUCGAGUGCCGAGGAUGCGACGGGAGGUUCCAGAUUUCAAAGGCAGAUAGGAAGUAUACGAGUGCAUGGGAGUGGGGGAGCAGAAACACACGAGAGGAUGAGAAUGGCAUUUCACACGAUACAGAAAUGGGGGUCCUUGUGAACUUCCACUUGAAGGAGUAUCACGCUAUUGUGCGCACUUCCAUGUCCUGA